CGCGACGGACGCGACCCAUUUCACCUUCGCGGUCUUGGCGCUCAAUUAUAUCAACACUCCAAUCCCCUUGGUGAUGAUGCCGAUGGCCUCUGGCGCGAACAUAUCGGGGAUGUCGGAUGCCCCAAGCUGUAUUUAGCUUCUCGUGAACGCCUUGCAGCCUGUGUGCACGUAGCCCAACCGUCGUCAACGUUAUCGUCGACCGCGUUUCUUUUCCCGGGACCUAUUCGUCGUGACACCCCAGCGUUGUGAAAGCCACAUAUCGUAAACCCGUACAUAUUUGUACUCGAGCCUCCUAUGAGUUGGGUUUGCCCUGCAUCCUUUAAUCGGGGCAUCAAGCCUCCAGCAGUCAGCUGCCAAUAUGGAUGAAGUAACCGACGGGGUUCGGAAGAUCGACUUCCAUCACCCGUAUACGCCAUAUGACGUUCAGGAGAGAUUCAUGAAUGCCGUAUAUGAAGUUCUGCAGCAAGGAGAAGGACAGGUUGGCAUCCUCGAAAGCCCAACCGGAACUGGGAAAUCGCUGUCCCUGAUAUGUGCAGCCUUGACCUGGUUGCGAAACUACAAUAGGUCACAAUUCGAGAGCUCUGUUGCCGAAGCAUCUAAGGGGUUCGAGAACGAGCCGACAUGGCUAGUGAACCAGAUGCUGAACAGAAAGCGGCAGGAAAUGCUGAGGCGAUGGGAAGAAAGAGAAGGACGGCUCAAAAAGGCACGAGCCGAAGAAAAGCUGAGAGAGGAGAGGGGCGCCAAACGAAGGAAGCUAGACGAAAGCACGCUUAGGAAACACGACGACGGUACCGACGACGAAGACGAAUGGCUGCUGAAAGACCAGGAUGCACCCGCAGACGGCGAUAGCCAAUCAGCCUUCAGCAAGGAGACGAGGAACUUGAUGGAAAAACUCGGUCUGGGGUCGCUUCAAGCGAAGCAAGACGACCAAGAAGACUUGGGCGAAAAUGAGGUGAAGAUCUACUACGCCUCAAGGACACAUUCUCAGUUAACACAGUUCAUCUCAGAGCUACGCCGGCCGACAUUUCCAUCCUCCUUGCCGGAUUCUCUCCUUGGGAGCAGCGAUAACGCAGAACCCGAGGGUGUGAAACACCUCCCGUUGUCUUCUCGCCAACGACUUUGCAUCAACCCGUCCGUCUCCCGGCUUGGCUCUCUUCCGGCGAUCAACGAUCGUUGCACCGAGCUUCAGCAGUCGGGGUCAAAAGAUAAGUGUCAGUUUAUGCCAAACACAGACAACCUAAGCCAGACACACCAGUUCCGCGACAACGCCCUAGCCACUCUCCCUGAUAUUGAGGACCUCUUCGUACUUGGGAAGAAGCUACGUGUUUGCCCCUAUUAUGCCUCCAGAACCGCGGUGCCUGGCGCGGAAAUCGUCACCCUUCCGUAUCCAUUGCUUUUGCAGAAGACGGCUAGGGAUGCUCUCGGCAUCAAACUUGACGGGAGCGUGGUUAUAAUCGACGAGGCCCACAACAUAAUGGACGCGGUAUCGAAUGUCUAUGCCUCCGAAGUCAGCCUCAGUGAGCUAAAACGGGCGAGGCAAAUGCUUGGGGUGUAUGUCAAAAAGUUCGGGAAAAAGUUGAAGGGAGAGAAUCGAGUUAUGGUGGCUCAAGUCGCGAAGGUAGUCGAUGGCCUCAGCGACUGGUUAGGAGGCACACUGAAACUCAAGAGUGAACAGGGCAUAGUCGAUCCCAACGCCCUUCUCAGGUCAAAGGGUAUCGACCAAAUCAAUAUGUACAAACUAAUCCAAUACAUACAAGGCUCUAAGCUAGCAUACAAGAUCGAGGGUUAUGCCGCGCAAGUCAAGUCUCAGGACCCUACUACCGCUCCACCGACCUUUUCGUCGACCCCAGUCCUUCACGCUCUCCUCUCCUUUCUCGUCUCUCUGAACAACCUGAGCUCUGAGGGCCGCAUCUUUUACCAUAAGGUCUCUCAUGAUGAUGUCAAACUCUCGUAUCUCCUCCUUUCGCCUACCCACGCAUUCUCCUCGAUCGCGUCUAGCGCCCGAGCCGUCAUUCUCGCCGGCGGCACCAUGUCGCCGUUCGAAGACUACACAGCUCACCUUUUUCCUGGCCUGGCAGGUAGCAAAGUUACGACGCUCAGCUGCGGACACGUCAUCCCGUCCUCAAACCUGUGUGUGUGGACGUUGGCCUCCGCCGGGCCGAAAGGCGACGGAAGAAGUGCAGAAUUUGAAUUCAGCUUUCAGAAGCGAAGCGAAAAGCCCAUGAUACGAGACCUAGGCUUUGCGAUUCUCAACAUCUGCACCGUCGUCCCCGACGGGGUAGUCGUCUUCUUCCCAAGCUACGGUUAUCUCGAUGAGGUAGUGGCCGCGUGGAGCGAAGCUAGUUCUGGACAACCCAAAACACUGUGGCAGAGAUUGCAAGCCAAGAAGGCGGUGUUUCGCGAGACGAAGGGCGGGUCAAGUGACGAGGUCCUCGAUCAGUAUAGCGAUGCGGUCCUAAAUAAAGAGACGAAACCCAGUGACAAAGGCGACCCGGCACCCAGGAGUCACGGUGCGCUGCUCCUUAGCGUAGUUGGCGGCAAGAUGAGUGAGGGGAUCAACUUCUCCGACCGUCUAGGCCGUUGCGUCGUUGUCGUCGGCCUACCAUACCCAAAUAUCAACUCCCCAGACUGGAAGGCUCGGAUUGAGUACAUCGAGUCGACGACGCUGGAGCGCUUGAAAAGCACUGCCCCGUCGAUGCCGCAGGGCGAGGCCGUCGCCACGGCUAAGCAGGCCUCUCGUGAAUUCUACGAGAACGCGUGCAUGCGCGCCGUGAACCAGAGCAUAGGGCGAGCGAUCCGACACCGCAACGACUACGCUGCUAUCGUGUUGGUGGACCGGCGGUUUGCGACGCAGCGCAUCAGGGGUAAGCUGCCCGGCUGGAUCCGCGGCGGCCUGGUCGAGGGGAGCGAGGCGGGUGGGCUGGGCCAGAUGAUGGGAAAGCUGAGCAGCUUUUUCCGGGGUAAGACUUCAACUAACGGCUGAAUUGCUCGAGGGAAAGGAGACAAACCCAGAUCGGAUGGGAUCAGAUCGGGAAAGCAAAUACAUAAAAUUAGCCUUAUGUCUAAGACACGCCCCCUGAAUAAAACCGGGUAUCAUGUGCGCUCUAAAUCAACAUUUUCAUACGUAAAUAUUUACUUUCUCAUAACCCCGUAGCAU